AUGCAAACCAGUUGCAGAGACGAUGGCCCGAUAAUUCGGUUUCCUUUCAGAUGUAAAAAUCAGCAACCUCAGCACUGUGGCUAUCCAGGUUUCGAUUUAUACUGCGACCAUAAAAACGAUACUGUUCUUGUGCUUCCCUUCUCUAUAAAUGUUGCUGUUAGGAAAAUAGACUAUGUAUCUCAAAGAAUUCUGGUUUAUGACCAUGAAAUAUGUCUUCCAAAAAAGCUGCAUGAUCUAAACUUAUCUGCUUCCCCUUUCCAUGUGAAAUAUUACUUAUACGACUAUACCCUAUUCAAUUGUUCUGAUCCGCCAAGAAGAGACUUAGGUAAUGUAAUCCCUUGCCUUGGCGAUUCCACGUACCAAAUCUACGCCGUUGAUUCGGAAAUGCCGCUUGAAUUACUUCCUUUGACUUCUUGUACCAAAACAUCUGAAUUUAAAUCUGUUCCGUGGGGAAUAUUUCAAAAAUCCAACUUCUCUUUGGAAUGGUCUGAACCAGCAUGUUCCAUAUGUGAAGAUGAAGGCAAAAUGAUCUUACUUGUUCCAUAUGGAAUGGUCUUUGGAAUGGUCUGA